UCUAUAGUUCAGUAAUUUUUGGUGUAGGGCGGCGCCACCUGGCACUAUAUCCCGUAUUUGGCAUUGGUCCGCAUUUGUGAAUUCGUACAAAAUAAACUCAAUUUUCAAAAAUGAAUUUGGUGGUGUUUUUGUUUUUAUUAAGCGUCUUAGUGGUGCAAUCAGGUUCAGCAAUUUCUGAAGCAAUAUCGAAAUCAAAUCUCAUUCAGACAAAUGAUCGAAUUGUGGGCGGUUUUGAAACGUCCAUCCAAGAAAAUCCAUGGCAAAUAUCGUUGCGAUACUUUUUAUCGCAUCGAUGUGGAGGUUCUAUUAUUGGCGAAUCAUGGAUUCUCACGGCAGCACAUUGUACUGAUGGCAUCACAGCGGGCCCCUUAUCGGUUCGUGUGGGUUCGACAAAUCUUAAUAGCGGCGGAACAAUUAUAUCGGUGAAACGAAUCCACCAACAUGAAGAAUACAAUGCACGAACAUUGAACAAUGAUUUCUCACUUUUGGAAUUGGCUGAAUCACUUACGUACACAGAUCAAAUUCAACCAAUUGCCUUGGCAGCAGCCAAUACGAUAAUUAAAGAUGGAACAAUGGCAAUGGUCAGUGGAUGGGGCGCGACACAUACAAAUGAAUCAAAUGAAGUAUUGCGUGCAGCUUUCGUUCCAAUAGUCAAUCGAAGCCAAUGUAGACGAGCGUAUGGAGGUGGAAUUACUUUUCGAAUGAUUUGCGCAGGCUAUGAGGCUGGCAAAAAAGAUAGCUGUCAAGUAAGAUAUAAUAAAAAAAUGAAUUUGCCAAGUGUAUCAACGAAUGUUUUGUUUAUUCUCAAUAAAUUUAAGGGAGAUUCUGGUGGUCCCCUGACAUAUCAAAAUGUUAGAAAGGGUGAAAGAGAAUUAAUAGGCGUCGUUUCAUUUGGUAAUGGUUGUGCAAAAGCACAAUAUCCAGGCGUUUAUUCUCGCGUACCGGCUGUCCGUCAAUGGAUCAAAAAUAAAAGUGGAAUUUGAAAAUUGGAAAUAUAUAAAUUUUACGUUUUUUUUCAUCC